AUGCCUCGCGCAACGGCUCUCCAAUUCCUCUCUACUCCCUUUUCACUCCCUUUCAAAUCCAAACCACAUCUCAUUUCCCUGCUUCCGCUGGAGCCUUCCUCCAACCCACGCCCACCAGUUCUUUGUCGAAAUUCCUCAACCAGUUCCCCCCACACCAUCGCUCCCCAACCGCCUCCCUCCUCCAUCUAUCUCCACCUUCCUUUCUGCCGCCGGCGCUGCCACUACUGCGACUUCCCCAUCAUCGCCCUCGGUACCUCCUCCCGCAACUUGGACGACGAUCCCCGCAUCUCCUCCUACAUCCGCCUCCUCCUUCGCGAGAUUCGCGCCACCAAACCCUAUUCCUCCCAUCAUCCACCAAUCAAAACCAUCUUUUUUGGCGGCGGCACGCCGUCCCUCGUCUCUCCUCGGCUAAUCGCUUCCGUGCUCGAUGCAAUCCGCACGAAAUUUGGCGAGUUCGCGGCUGACGUCGAGGUGUCCAUUGAGAUGGAUCCGGGAACGUUUGAUGAGGCAAGGUUGGAGGAGAUGGUGGGGGUGGUAGGGGUGACGAGAGUCUCGCUUGGUGUGCAGGCUUUUCAGGAGGAGUUGCUGCGGGAAUGCGGGAGGGCGCAUGGGCGGAGAGAGGUGGAUGAGGCGAUUGAAUUGGUUGGCGGUUGUUGUGGGCUUAGGAGCUGGAGUUUGGAUCUUAUAUCGUCGCUCCCGAGGCAGACUGAAGAGAUGUGGGAGGAAAGUUUGCGUCUUGCUGUGUCUGCUGGGCCGCAGCAUGUUUCGGUUUAUGAUUUGCAGGUGGAACAGGGGACCAAGUUUGCGCAGCU